GCACUGCGCCGGCGCACGGCAUUCGGCCUUGCCCAGUCUCGCUGCGCGCCCGCGUCGCUCCGGGUCCGUGCACGUGCGCGAAGUAAAUAAUGCCUUGAUACGAGGUAUCAGUGCAGUGUCUGUCGUGUGAUGGCCGAGAACCGCGCGCUCCUCCCCACCCCCACCAUGUACACGGCCGAGGUGAAGGACGCGAAGGACCUAUCCAAGAAUCUGGUGGGCGGAGACUUCGAGAGACAGUACAAGAAGACGGCGAGCUGGAGGAAGAACCUCCUCAUCAAGGUGUCGCUGGGCGUGCUGGCGGUUUGGCUGCUGGUGCUGACGGUGCUGCGGGAGGCGCAGCUGGCGCAGCUCCGCCGGGAGGUGGACAUCCUCACCGCCUCCGUCAACAAGAUCGUCGACAACCGCCUCUUCAACGAGUUCCAGACGCUAGAGGACACGAUCUACGCCGACGAGGACCAAGACAACGUGAUAGAAGCGGGCAAGAAGGACGACGGGUCCAUAGAGAAGCUGCGCGACCUCACCGUGCUGGAGGACGACAGCACCGCCGACGACGAGGACCUGUUCGACGACGACGAUGACGAGGAGAGCGGGGACUGGUACAUGGACUAUGACAGGCGGCAACAGAAGGCCGUAACCACGAACAUGGUGCGCCUGAAGCCGGAUGACUUCACGGACGCGGUGCUGCGGCGCGACUCCGUCUCCCACAUCCGCGAGAUCAAGCGCCUCCUCAACGAGAACCCAGAGAUUGACAGCGUUCUUUCAGCUCUUCCCUCGGAGAAGCCGACAGAAUCUCCUCAGGCGGAGGCUGCCGCGGCGGAGCCGUCGCCUCCGUCAGCUCCGUCACACCGGCGCGAUCGCCGCAGCUUCUUCCCCGACAGCGAGCUCGCCGCGCCCAACGUCGUCUCCAGGGUGGAUGAACGACGCAAGAGCAAGAAGUUUGUGUCGAGCAGAGACGCCGCCCUCAGAGUUCCCACCAUCUCCAGAACAGCGAGGAACAGUGAUGAUGAGGACGGGAGAAGGCCCUUCGUCGCCGCACACUUCCACGGCAACACGUCCCAUCUCAACAUGGAGGUCCACGAACAUUACAAAGGCAACGGUCUGAUCCGCGUGGCGCACGACGCGGCGCACGACGUGUGGUGGCCGGCGGCGUGGACGCUGGCGUCGCCGCACGCGCGCCCCACCCUCGCACGCAACGGCCACGUGCACGUUCACCACACGGGCGUCUACCUCGUCUAUGUCCAGAUCUACUACCUGGACAACCACGACGUGAUCUCGUGGGUGCUGCACCGGACGAGCCCCGUGACCCAGGGUCGGGAGACGCUGCUGCAGUGCGCGCUGUCAGCACCCUCGCCGCUGCGACAGGACCGACCCAACUCCUGCUUCAGUGCAUCAGCCCUGUUCCUGCGCGCGGGCGACCGGCUGGCGGUGCGCAACACGGGCGGCGAGAGACACUCCAUCAUGCAGCCGGAGAAGAGCUUCAUCGGCCUCAUCAAGCUCGCCGACGCCGACGAACCUGAUGAUGAAAUGUAGAUGCUGAUCGAUGGAACGCUUUUGAAAAUUAAACUCAAAGCUGGCCCCUAGACGAGCAAUUUCAUUGCGCAAUAACCGCGUCAAGGGUUGAUAUUGAACAUCGUGCGCCUUCAAUAUAAUUUUGUCAAAUAAACUGUUCAAUAAAAUUGAAGCGUGACAUUGCACAGAUCCAGCCGGCUUAAAAAUUCAGGUACCGCUUUAUCGUCACGUAAAUUGGUUUAAUUUUUUUGUAUUAUUUAUUUAUAGGUCAGACCUCUUUGGAGUAGUUAGGUUCAACUUUUAGUGUCAAAUGUAACUCUUUGUGAGAUGUUUGUCGGUGGCGAAAGUUUUCGCACAUGAUGAUCGCACAACUACCUAUAUAAUAUAAUAGAUCUGAAACUGGAUGAAUAUGGUGGCUUAGCUCGAUGGGGCUACUAAAUUGAUUCAAUCAAAGUUAUAAUAUUAUGUCCUAUCAGUUAUCACAAGUCCAUCGUUAUUCUAAUUUUCAAAAGCGUUAUAACUCCAGCGGGUUAAAGAUUUAUUGUUACUUAAUUUAAAACUUGUGAAUAGAAGCAGUAUAAUAUUA